CAUUGAUUGAAAAAGGACCUUUGGCAGGCAAUGCCAUCCUGUAGGAAAAAGAAAAAUAGUGUCGACCAGGGCAGAUCGCGCAUCCCGCGAACCCGUUCCAACAAUAGUGUCCAAGAGGCGGCUAUCAGACGAAUACCUCUAUCGUGGAGCAAUAUACCCGCCAUCGCCUUAUGUAAAAUUUAUCACAACUUGUCGGAUGUGGACAGAUCUUCAUUGGCUCAGGUAAAGGUUGCUAUAUAUUUUAUUAGUCUGGGUAAUUAGUACAACAAAUGAAAUGAUAUGAAAUGAUGGGGCGUCAUUGCUGGCAGCAUCGAUAGGUGUAUGUAUGGUGGCUAAAUGAAUGGAUUGAAUGAUGAACGAAUGAGUGAAUUAUAUGGUAGACGAAUGAGUGGAUUGAAUAAUAAACGAAUGAGCCGAUGGAUGUUAGAUAAAUAUAUGAUUUAAAGGUAGAAAUCGACUUGUUGAUGCAUGAGAGAAUCGGUGUAUUAUUUAAAUGAUGAAAGAAAUGGUGAAAGGUUGAUUCAAUGUAUGGUUAAAUCAGUUUCUAAGGUCGUAAACUGUGGAAAAACUUGAAUUUAAGGAAUUAGAGAAUAUUAAUCCAGGAUCAUACUUGGUUGGCGCCUAUAAAAUGACGUGGGCAUCAUUGAAAGGAACAGAGUAAAAUGUUACGAUGGAAUGGUAUUUGAUUAAGGGCAAUAACUAGCAGAUACAUUAGUAACAACAAGGAAUUCCAAGCCACGGCCAAGAAAGCUAGUCUCUUUCUCGGUAUGAUAAUUUUUGUAGCACACAAUCGACUCCACUAGGGGUGUUCACUCCAACACAUUGUCCCACACUACCACUCUUAUUCAUGUUGAAAAAAAGACAGCACCAAAGCUUGCUAUGUUAGAUGCGUACUGAUCAUUGACCUGUUUGAGGUUUCUAAACUAGGUUAAUCACAAGCUUGUGGACACGAGUUUAAUUCCCAGCUAAAGGUUCGUAGACAAGCAAGAACAUCGCCACGGGUGGAUGUGACUAGUUAGUUAACCUUACAUUGCAACUCAUCUAAGAGAAGGUAAUAAUCAAACGCUGAGAUGUAAAUCCGUAGAGAGUAGGACAUUAACACAAUUAAAAUUCAUACAACUUCUGUGACAUGGAAAUCAUAAAUAGCAAGGGAGAAAGUCAGACAACCGCUGGUCAGCUACUGCACCAUGGACUAUUUCCAGACGUCUGGACUAAAUGCUUGCAACGGGAUCAAAUAACUAGCGUCUGAGAAUGACGAUUUCAGUAACUAUAUCCCAAUUUAAAUAAAAAUACUCUCGUCAAGUUUUGCAUUGGUCAUCUUUGCAUGCGAACGACGGACAUCAUUAUGUCCUACAAGUUCUACUCACGCGUUAGACCCUAACAAAUAUCAAAGCUGUUGAUAUUGCAAAACGGGCCAAGAAAAUCAGUUGUCCGAUUCUAAAGUUUGUAUCAAAUGUAUUUAAUGUUAAAAGUUAAAGUGUGCAGGUGAUCUAAACAUUAACACAAAAAUAUAUCUAUUUGGCACAGAACAGCAGAUGGAGUUUGUUGCCGACGUGUCAGCCAGUAUUAUAGAGAGCGUGAGCUAGCCCGCUACCCCCUCUUCCCCGAUAAUGAAAUUGUAUAAAGGGAUCCACUAGUGAAAUGAUGACUGGGUAAAUGAGAUGUAGGAUGUUUGAAUGCAUUUAACGAUUGGUAUAAAGAUGAGUGAAUGUGUGGGUAAAUCGAUGGAUAUAAUUAUAAGGAAGCAUUGGUGGAUAUUUAUUAUUUUGUAAAUAUUACAUGGGAAAUGUCAUGUUUUCAGCGAUUUUUCAUUUUUUAAAAUCAAAUUUAAUCGACUACAGAUUUUAUGGAGUUCGUGUAUCAAACAAAAUGCAUAAAUAAAUACUUUUUUUUCACUGUGGGGUGGGGUAAUCAUUACAUUGAUGCUGAAAAUAGCUUCCAUCUAACAAUAGAUAAGAUUCUACUUUAUGAUACUUGUUUCUACUGUGCACCAUCCUGAACACCUAUUUUCAUACUCUUUUUAUAAACCUCAUCAAUUGGGUUAUUCUCUCUAGUGUUAUACACGAUUCGUCACAGGAAGUCAUUUACAAAACAAAUAAUGUACACCGGGACCGUUACUUUUGCUAAGACAAACCACCAGGCCAAGAUUUAAUAAGAGCCGCCUCUGAACACAUCUCUUAUUGGGAUACACCCCUUUUAAAUUUAGACAUCAUAUUUUUCCCUUUUGCUAAGGUGUGCAAGGCCUACUGUGAAGUCUUCCGUACCCCAUCACUGUGGAGGCAAAGGUUCAUCGAAUUCGACGGACCCAAAAUCAAGGAACAAAUUGAAAUGGAGACCUUGUUUAAGUCUGAGACAGGACUUUGUCUGUCUAGCGGUACAGUAAUAAAAAAUAAUGGCGCAUACUAAUAUUGUUUAAAUAUAACUACAAUAGUAACUACAGAAAAUUGAUGUUCUAUAAUACUAAGACGCCCAUAUAUAGCGUACGAUCACUGUGGUCAACCAAUAACCCAUUCCCCACUUUUCUUUCCUACGACCCCACAUCCCUUACAACCGGGGGUGCCAUUUCGGGGUCUUUUAAGUGGUGGUUUGGGGGGGGUUGGGACACCAAACUUCGUCGGCUUGUUAAUUUGUUGUUUUUUUUUUAAACUGGAGGUGCCACAAUAUAUAUAUAUAGCAAUUUAAAUAAAACCUGCAAAUUCAUUUGGUUGGGGGGGGGGGGGAAGCCCCCCCCCUGCUCUCCCCAAGUGAUGUUUUUUUUUUAAACUGGCGGGGCCACAAUUUUUAUAUUUAGCAAUUUAAAUAAAACCUGCAAAUUCAUUUGGUUUGGGGGGGGGGGGAAUGCCCCACCCUGCUCUACCCAAGUGACGUUUCUUCGGCACUGUCUUUACUCCAGUCAUCGAAGUCUUAUGUUUCUUUUUGUUUUUGUUUUUUUAAAUUGCACCCGUAUUUCUUUUCCAUUAGGAAAAUGUGGCAUAAGCUUCGCGAAACGUUUCCGCAAUUGUCUACAAGACUUGGACAUAUGCGUAAAAGCGAUUUUGCCCGUCUCCAGAGAAGUCCUCAGUGAUUUCAGGACCCUGUCGGAAAGUCUGGAUGACGCCAAUCUCACGACUUUAAAGAUAAGCUAUCCCGGGCUUCUCAGUUUAGAAAGCACGAGACGUCAACAGUUCAUAAAACCCCUGAACAGAUUACUGCG